AAGUGCUACCGUCCAAAGUUUCUUUUAAUUAAUCGUUAGAAAAGAACUGAAAGGGCGGACGCCAUCGCCCCACCGACCAGAAACCCUAAUGCAAGAACAAAACCCUAACCAUUUCAUCCGGCAUCGGACCGACCAAGAGUUCUGCAAAUUGCAGUCAUAGGCUCGCCUCCGCAGCGGCUGCACUAGUUUUUUCAGCCUACUGAAUUUCUUUUUAGGAACGAUGAAUGGAUCAUUCAAUGGGCAGAUUUUGGUGGAUAAGCUUACCAGACUUAAUAAUUCACAGCAGAGUAUAGAGACUUUAUCGCAUUGGUGCAUCUUCCAUCGGAACAAAGCUAAGCAAGUUGUUGAAACGUGGGAACAUCAAUUCUAUUGCUCCCCUAGGGAACAAAGAAUAUCCUUCUUGUAUCUUGCCAAUGAUAUCUUGCAGAACAGCCGGCGAAAAGGUUUAGAAUUCAUUAAUGAAUUCUGGAAAGUGCUUCCUGAUGCUUUAUCUGAUGCAUUUGCUAAUGGAGGUGAUAUCGGAAGGAAAACUGUACAGAGACUGGUUAACAUUUGGGAAGAGCGUAAAGUUUUUGGUUCACGGGGGCAAAUCCUCAAGGAAGAGAUACUGGGAAGGAAGCUUGAAGAUAAAAAUAACAAUGGAAAGACCAUUACUCAAAACUUGAAGCAAUCUAGUGGAAUACUAGAAAAGGUCAUUUCAAGCUAUGAUAAACUUUGUGAUGAAGAUUCGUUAUUUGGAAAAUGUCAAGGUGCUCUUAACAUCAUUGAUAAAUUAGAAAAGGAACUGGGAAGUGAUUUUGAAAUAGGAAGCGAAAAUGGAUCUGAAAUCAUUGGGAACUUACAAAUUAAGCAUGGCAUUCUAGGAGAGUGCAUUGAACAACUGAAAGCAUCCGAAUCGUCUAGAGCAACUCUGAUCUCAUAUUUAAGAGAAGCAGUUAAUGAGCAGGAACAAAAGCUUGAACAAAUUGGCCAUCAACUCCAGGUUGCUGAACUACGUUGCAAGCAAACGGGUAACAUCUUAUCACAGUUCAAUGUCGAACAGCAGCCAGACGCACAGAACCCGAUAGAGUCAUCACAGGCCUUCUCUGGUGCCCCUCCUGGCUUUGCACCAGAAGCUAGUGCCAGCUCUGCUGCUGAUACACAAAUCACCCUGAGCAGAUGCACCCAGGAAGAACCUCUCACUGAAAUCAAACCUUCUCUAACUGAUGAGAACAGGAAAACAGAAGCUGCUGCAGUUGCAGCGAAACUCACAGCAUCUGCCUCUUCAGCCCAAAUGCUCAGCUUUGUCCUCUCAUCUCUUGCCUCAGAGGGUGCACUUGGCCAGGCCAAUAAAGAAGAAUCCCCUGACAGCAAGAGGCCUAAAUUACAAAACAGCUUGCCGCCACCUCACCCGCUGCUCCAAGUGCCAAUGCCCAUAUAUUCACAUUCAGAAGCAAUGCAUCUGCUUCCUCCGCUGCAGUCUCCAUCUCCUAAUCUGCUGGAGCCACCAUCCACUUCGGUGUCACUUGCAACACCAUCGCCAUCAGCUUCCGUCCAGUUCAUGCAGUCUGUAGCAGGGCCUAUGACAGGCGUCCCUUACGCUUAUGGCUCAGCUCCACCACCUCUUCCGAGCUAUCCAAUGUUUGGGAUGCUUCCCAAUCUAAGUGCUCCAAGUCCAUUCUACAGCUUUCAACCUCCCGAAGGAUCCAAUCUUGUUGUUCAACCACCGUUGCCAUCAGGACCGCCUCCGCUGACCCGGCAAUAACUGUCUUUUGACUAGGUUAUAUGAAAGAUUCCGCCGAUGCCCCAUAUACUGAUGCAAACUCACUCUUUAGCCAUGUACAAACUUAAAUUGUUUUUUUUUUUGACUGAAAGCUUAAGCAUGUACAUUCUAUGAUAGCACUUACCUACACUAUGGUAGUUGAAGAUACUGUUAUAGUGUGUUGUGUUUUAAGAUCAAUAUUCCUAUGGACAUAUCAUGAACAUUUGUACUAAUGAAUAUCAAAACCAUGUUUUUAGAUUCUA